AUGAGCGACAAGACCGUCCACGGAGAAUGGGCACCAAAAUUCCAACUUGGAAAUUGCGCUAUUCAUCUUCACCUACUACCGACUGGCAAGGUACUUUACUGGGGUCGACGCUCUGCUGUGCACAGCAUGGAUUAUUGGACGCUCAAUGAGCACAAAACCCACGUCUACAUCUUGGAUGUCGACACCCUAGAGAGUAAACGCACUGCUCAUGACCCGAUGAACGAAGACGAGCUUUCCGUGAAUCUCUUCUGUUCCGGGCACACGUUCCAACCAGACGGUACCCUGAUUAUCUUCGGUGGACAUGUGCUGGAUGGCUUCGGGGAAGACCAAGCUUGUGUUUACGAUCCCUUCCAAGAUCAGUGGACGGUAAUGCCUAUGAUGGCUGCAGGUCGCUGGUAUCCCUCUGCUAUAACUUUGUCUGAUGGUAGAGGCCUUGUUGUGUCGGGUAGCUCGCAAGAUGUCACAAACCCUGUGAUCAACCUGGUCCCCCAGAUCUGGGACUCACAUUCAAGUACAUGGGGCAUAGUCCAAACGCCUCUCGUUGAUAUUUUCGCUCUUUACCCACGGCUUUACCACGUUCCAGACGGGAGAAUAUUCAUGGCGGGCCCAUUGCGAAGCUCUCGUUUUCUCGAUUUGAAUGCUCAUGGUGGCCAUGGUGAAUGGUCGAGCGAUACCGAUUCGCCAUUCCGCAAUGCGGGCCAGCGCGAGUACGCCGCUUCAACUAUGUAUGAUAGUGGCAAGAUUCUCUACGUUGGUGGUGGAGGUGGUGAUGCUGUUACUCCCACCAACGCUGCAGAGAUCAUUGAUCUGAACGAGCCAAAACCACACUGGAAAUAUACGACUGAAAUCGGUCAUGGGCGCCGACAUUCCUUUGCUACCACGUUGCCCGAUGGCAGUGUGCUUGUGACUGGAGGAACCAAAGGGUUAGGCUUUAAUGACUUGUCUCCGGGUCAGCCUGUCCAUGAGCCUGAGCUGUGGGAUCCUGCUACCACAAAGUGGUCUACGAUGGCCCCGGAGGACGAUGAUCGUUGCUACCACCACACCGCACUACUACUACCCGAUGGCACAGUUCUUUCAGCUGGUGGUGGGGAAUACGAUCCGGACAAUCAAAAGAGACCCAACGAGCCUGAGCACACUCUAACCACCGCCCAGAUAUUCAGCCCACCUUAUUUGUUCAAAGGCGAACGACCGACCAUUAGUGAACCACCAGAGGUUGUCGACUAUGGCCAGAAAUUCAAAGUCACAGUCGGCGAACACGAUGUGAUUGGCAAGGUGAGCUGGACACGACUUGGAUCUGUCACUCAUUCACACAAUAUGAACCAAUCAUUCCAAUUCUUGAACUUUACAAUCAGUGGGACAGAGGUCACCAUAGAAGCACCAAAGAAUCAUUUUUUGGCUCCACCAGGUCAUUACAUGCUUUUCCUUGUGAGCGAAGAAGGCGUACCAGCAGUGGCACCUAUCAUGCUGCUCAGACCGGACGUUGUGAUACCCGUACAACCACAACUGCCUCCUGAGUUAUCAACACAAAAUGCUAUUUUGGAGAAAAACAUCGGCGUGUCCCUCGAGAUGCGCAAUCAGAAGGUCGUCUCAGAACAGGACGGGCCACCUGUCAUUGUUGGUCUUACCCCCACUUGUCCCUACGGUCUCGGUGCUUGCUGGGGUGGAGCAUACGAAGCACUAAACAGUAUCAAAGAUAUCAAGACCGUCCUUCCCAGACCAAAUGCAACCAUCUCUGUUGCCUUUGUUUACCUCCACGAUGAUAUUCUGCCCGAUAUCAACGUAUGGCGGAAGGAGCUCUUCGAGAUCGACGGGGGCACGUAUAAUAUGCGUGGCAUUGAGAUGACACUUACGGGUGUGGUUACCAUGAAUGGCAGACAACUAACAUUAUCUGGUACAUCGACUCGAUCUGAAGUGGUCCUUAAUCAGUUCCUGGCAGACAGCAAGCUCGAAUGGGAUAACGUGGCAAAGGUACCCAAGCCACUUACCAAAGAAGAAGCCAGCGCGUAUACCCGGUUACAUCAGACAGUAGUCUCUCAUCCAGAGGGAUUAUCGCUGCAGGUGACUGGGCGGCUGCAAAUGGACGAGAACAACAAAUAUUCUUUGGAUGUGAAAGGCUUUAUGGAACCUUCAGAAUCAGGCUAG